GCCGGGAGGAGUACGUGGCCACCUUCAAGGGCAACGAGUUCUUCUGCUACGACCUGUCCCACAACCCCAUCCAGAGCAGCACGGACGAGCUGACGCUCUCCUUCCGCACGCUGCAGCGCAACGGGCUGCUGCUGCACACCGGCAAGUCGGCCGACUACGUCAACCUCUCGCUGAAGAGCGGCGCCGUCUGGCUCGUCAUCAACCUGGGCUCCGGCGCCUUCGAGGCGCUGGUGGAGCCCGUCAACGGCAAGUUCAACGACAACGACUGGCACGACAUCCGCGUCACCCGCAACCUGCGCCAGCACUGGAUGCUGGGCCACCCCAUGCCGGGCGCGCUCGUGCCGCAGGUGACGAUCUCCGUGGACGGGAUCCUGACGACGACGGGGUACACGCAGGAGGACUACACCAUGCUGGGCUCCGACGACUUCUUCUACGUGGGGGGGUCCCCCAACACCGCCGACCUCCCCGGCUCCCCCGUCAGCAACAACUUCAUGGGCUGCCUCAAGGACGUGGUCUACAAGAACAACGACUUCAAGCUGGAGCUGUCGCGCCUGGCGCAGGAGGGCGACGGGCGGGUGACGCUGCACGGGGCCCUGCUCUUCCGCUGCGAGGCCGUGGCCGCGCUGGAGCCCGUCACCUUCGGGACGCCUCAGGCCUUCCUGACGCUGCCGGCCUGGCCCGCGGCGCGCGCCGGCUCCGUCUCCUUCGACUUCCGAACCACCGAAGCCAACGGGCUCCUGCUCUUCGCCCAGGGGCGGCCGCAGGGGCCCGGCCACCCCCGGCCCGACUACUUCGCCCUGGAGCUGCUGGACGGGCACCUCUACCUGCUGCUGGACAUGGGCUCCGGCGGCAUCAAGGUGCGCGCCAGCGCCCGCAAGGUCACCGACGGCGAGUGGUGCCACGUGGACGUGCAACGGGACGGGAGGAAAGGCUCGGUGUCGGUGAACAGCCGCAGCACCCCCUUCCUGGCGAGCGGCGAGAGCGAGGUGCUGGACCUGGACUCGGAGCUUUACCUGGGGGGGCUCCCCGAGGGGCGGCCGGGCCCCCCGCUGCCCCCCGAGCUCUGGACGGCCUUUCUGCGCUACGGCUACGUGGGCUGCAUCCGCGACCUCUUUGUCAACGGCCGCAGGCCAGAGGCGGCGGUGCUGAGCUACGACGGCAGCAUGUACCUGAAGGUCCUGGUGCCGGGGGCGGCGCAGACGGAGGCGGAGGACGUGGCCCUGCGCUUCAUGUCCCCCCCUCCCUACGGCCUGGUCCUGGCCACCACCUCCCGCCAGUCGGCCGACACCCUGCGCCUCGAGCUGGACGGGGGGCGCAUGAAGCUCACCGUCAACCUGGACUGUGUGCGCNNNNGGUGCGGCCCGGCUGACCCCCGCCCCCCAGGCAAGGGCCCCGAGACCCUCUUUGCGGGGCAGAAGCUGGACGACAACGAGUGGCACACGGUGCGGGUCGUGCGGCGCGGGCGCAGCCUCCAGCUUUCCGUUGACAACGUCACCGUCGAAGGGCAGAUGUCGGGCGCCCACACCCGCCUGGAGUUCCACAACAUCGAGACGGGCAUCGUGACGGAGCGGCGCUUCCUGGCCGUGGUGCCCUCCAACUUCUUGGGUCACUUGAGCGGGCUCCUCUUCAACGGGCUGCCCUACCUGGACCUCUGCAAGAACGGGGACAUCAGCUCCUGCGAGCUCAACGCCCGCUUUGGCCGCCGGACCAUCGUGGCCGACCCGGUGGCCUUCCGCGGUCGCGGCUCCUACGUGGCGCUGGCCACGCUCCAGGCCUACGCCUCCAUGCACCUCUUCUUCCAGUUCAAGACCACGGCACCCGACGGCCUCAUCCUCUUCAACAGCGGCAAUGGCAACGACUUCCUCGUCGUCGAGCUCGUUAAGGGCGGCGCCGGGCGCUCCCCCGUCGCCCGCUUCCCCCGCAGCGGCGGCAACGCCACCCUCCAGGUGGACGGCGGCCCCCUGCACGAGCGCUACCCCCCAGGUACCACCCCCAGCCACCCUAUAGCGCGGGCGCGGCAGCGCAUCCCCUACCGCCUGGGGCGGGUGGUCGAUGAGUGGCUGCUCGACAAAG